AUGACAAGGUUCCUCACGUUCAAGACAAGGUUCCUCACGCUGAGUAUAAGGUUCUCUACGCUGAGGACAAGGUUCCUCACACUGAGGACAAGAUUCCUAACGCUGGGGACAAGGUUCCUCGCGCAGGGGACAAGUUUUUCUCACUGUGAGGACAAGGUUCCUCACGCAGAGGACAAGGUUCCUCACGCUGAGGACAAGGUUCCUCACGCUCACAACAAGGUUCCUCUCGCUGAUGACAAGGUUCCUUACGCUGUGGACAAGUUUCCUCACGCUGACGACAAGGUUCCUCGCGCUGGGUACAAGGUUCCUCACGCUGAGGACAAGGUUCCUCACUCUGAGGACAAGGUUCCUCACGCUGAGGACAAGGUUCCUCACACUGAGAACAAGAUUCCUCGCGCUGAGGACAAGGUUCCUCACGUUGAGGACAAGCUUCCCCACGCUGAGGAUAAGGUUGUCUACGCUGAGGAUAAGGUUUCUCACGAUGAGGACAAGAUGGUACACUAACAUGGAUAAUGAAGUGUUGAACGGUGUUGUUUUUCUUGAUAUUCGGAAAGCGUUUGACUCAAUUAACCAUAAUAUUUUAUUGCGUAAAAUGAAAGAACAAUUUGGAGUUUUAAAUAUCGAAUUAAAAUGGUUUGAAUCCUACAUUUCUAAUAUGGGAACAAGUGUGUUUUGUCAAUGGCAUGAUGUCAACACCUAGAAAUCUCGUUUGCGGAGUCCCUCAAGGGUCUAUUUUAGGUCCACUUCUAUUCCUGCUUUCUAUUAAUGAUCUCCCAAAUAAUCUCAAGAAUACAAUCCCGUGCUUAUAUGCUGAUGAUACUUGAAUAACAGUAACUUGAAUAACAUAAGUCAAUGGCUCAAACAAGACAAAUUGCAACACCGUUCAUCCAAAACUAAAUUAAUGUACGUAGGAUCUAAACAUAAUCUCCAUAAGAUAAAUAAUGAGAUUCCUGUAAUGUUAAAUGGUCAACCAAUUCCUAGGGUAACCUCAAUACCUUGUUUGGGCGCCACCAUUGAUGAAAUGUUGAGUUGGGAUGAGCAUAUUGACGUAAUUUGCAGAAAGGUUGCAGCAGGUAUUGGGACGUUACGGCGCAUCAAGCCAUUCGUUCCUGCAAACAUGCUGCAAUCAAUCUAUAGCGCUUUGAUACAACCCUACUUCGAUUAUUGUUCUCUCCUUUGGGACACUUGUAACAAAACAUUAAAAGACAACUUGCAGAAGUAUCAAAAUCGAGCAGCUAGGAUAAUAGCUGGUGCUGGUUAUGAGAUCAGGUCUGCUGACGUUCUUCAAUCUCUUGAAUGGGACAAUUUAGAAUCUAGAAGAAAAUUAACUAAGGAAACUCUUGUUUAUAAAAUUCUAAACGACCAUAGUUCGCCGAACUUGAAAGAGUUUUUGAUAAAAAGGAAUAUUUCGCAAACGACUUACGAUCUCAGAAAUGCUCAGAAUGAUCUGGCCGUUCCUAAGCAAAGACGCAACUUUCUGAAAAAGAGUUUUCGAUAUAGUGGUGCUAAACUAUGGAAUGAUCUUCCUGGUGAAGCUAAGGAAGCCCUAUCAAUAUGUUCUUUUAAAAAUAUUGUAAGGCAAAGUAACUAACCUAAUAUUAAUCUAAAUGGAUUAUUACAGACAUAUUUAUAUGGCCAAAUCACACCAAACCACCAACUUCCUUUUAAACCAUUCUAAUUAAUUACUAUAUAUAUCGCAUGUAUUUGUACUUAUAUUUGUCUUUUUUGUAAAUAGUUUUUGUAAAUUUUCAAAUGUCGACGCCCCUUGUGGAAAUCAACUCUCUUUGUUGACAAGGCUAGCGUCUUUAAAUAAAUUUUUACAUACAUACAUACAUACAUACAUACAUACAUACAUACAUACAUACAUUCCUCGCGCUGGUACAAGGUACCUCACCUUAAGGACAAGGUUCCUCACGCUGAGGUUAGGUUCCUCACCGUGAGGACAAGGUUUCUCACGCUGUGGACAAGGUUCCUCACGCUGUGGACAAGGUUCCCUACGCUGAGCAUCAGGACCACUACGAUGAAGACAAGGUUCCUCACGCUGAGGACAGGGUUCCUCACGCUGAGAACAAGGUUCCACACGCUGAAGACAAGGUUCCUCACGCUGAGGAAAAGGUUCCUCACGCUGAAAACUAGAUUCCUCACCCUGAGGACAAGGUUAUCUACGCUGAGGACAAGGUUCUCUACGCCGAGGACAAGGUUCCUCACGGCGACGAAAAGGUUCCUCACGCUGACGACAAGGUUACUGGCGCUGGGGAGAGGGUUCCUCAGGCUGAGAACAAGGUUCCUGACGGUGAGGACAAGGUUCUGCACGCUGAGGACAACGUCCUCGAGCUGGGCACAAGGUUCCUCACGCUGAGGACAAGAUUCCUCACGCUGGGGACAAGGUUCCUCACGCUGUGGACAACGUUCCCUGCUGUGAGGACAGGGUUCCUCAUGCUGAGGACAAGGUUCUUCACGCUGAGAACAAGGUUCUUCGCGCUGGGUACAAGGUUCCUCACGCUAAGGACAAGGUUCCUCACGCUGAGGACAAGGUUCCUCACCGUGAGGAGAAAAUUCCUCACCCUGAGGACAAGGUUUCUCACGCUAAAGACAAGGUUCCUCACGCUGAUGACAAGGUUCCUCACGGUGAGGACAAAAUUCAUCGCGCUGAAGACAAGGUGCCUCACGCUGAGACCAAGGUACCUCCCGCAGAGGACAAGGUUCCUCACGCUGAGAACAAGUUUCUCUACGCUGAGGACAAGGUUUCUCACGCCGAGGACAAGGUUCGUCACGCUGAGAGCUAUGUUCCUCACGCUGAGGACAAGGUUUCUCACGCUGAGGACAAGAUUCCUCGCGCUGAGGACAAGGUUUCUCACGCUGAGGACAAGGUUCCUCACGCUGAGGACAAGGUUUCCUAAGCUCAGAAAAAGGUUUCUCACGCUGAGAACAACGUUCCUCACGCUGAGAACAAGGUUCCUCACGCUGAGGACAAGGUUCCUCACGCUGAGGACUAGGUUCUCUACCCUGAGGACAAGGUUCCUCUCGCUGAGGACAAGGUUCCUUUCGCUGAGGAAAAGGAUUCUCGCGCUGGGGAAAAGGUUCCUCACGCUAUGACCAAUGUUUCGCACGUUGAGUACAAGGGUCCUCGCGCUGGGGACAAGGUUUCUCAGGCUGAGUGCAAGGUUCCCUACGCUGAGGAUCAGGAUCCUUACGCUGAAGACAAGGUUCCUCACGCUGAGGAAAGGGUUCCUCACGCUGAGAACAAGGCUCCACACCCUGAAGACAAGGUUACUCACUGCGAGGACAAGGUUCCUCACGCUGAGAACAAGGUUGCUCACGCUGAGGACAAGAUUUCUCACGCUGGGGACAAGGUUCCUCACGCUGACGAUAAUGUUCCUGACACUGAUGUUUGGUUCCUCGCGCUGAAGUCAAGGUUUCUCACGCUGAGGACAAGGUUUCCCACGCCGAGGACAAGGUUCCUUACGCCGUGGACAAGGUUACACACGCUGACGACAAGGGUCCUCGCGCUGGAUAGAAGGUUUAUCACGCUUAGGUUACGUUCCUCGGGCUGAGGACAAGGUUUCCCACGCUGUGGACAAGGUUCCUCGCUCAAGGUACAAGGUUCCACACGCUGUGGACAAAGUUCCCUUCGCUGAGGACUAGGUUCCUCACGCUGAGGAUAAGGUUCCUCACGCUAAGAACAAGAUUCCUCGCGCUGAGGACAAGGUUCCUCACGUUGAGGACAAGCUUCCUCACGCUGAGGAUAAGGUUCUCUACGCUGAGGAUAAGGUUUCUCACGAUGAGGAUAAGGUUCCUCACGCUGUGGAUAAAUUUUCUCACGCUGAGAACAAGGUUUCUCGCGCUGGGGACAAGGUUCCUCACCCUAAGGACAAGUUUCCUCACGCUGUGGACAAGGUUCCCUACGCUGAGGAUCAGGAUCCCUACGCUGAAGACAGGGUUCCUCACGCUGAGGACCGGCUUCCUUACGCUGAGAACAAGGUUCCGCACGCUGAAGACAAGGUCACUCACGGCGAGGACAAGGUUCCUCACGCUGAGGACAAGAUUCCUCACGCUGAGAACAAGGUUCCUCAGGCUGAGGACAAGGUUCUUCACGCUGAGGGUAAGAUUCCUCACGCUGAGAACAAGGUUCCUCACGCUUAGGACAAGGUUAUCUACGCUGAGGACAAGGUUCUCUACGCUGAGGACAAGCUCCGUCACGCUUAGGACAAGGUUCCUCACGCUGACGACAAGUUUGCUGGCGCUGGGGAGAAGGUUCCUCACAGUGAGGGCAAGGUUCUUCACGCUGAGGACAACGUUCCUCGCGCUGGGGACAAGGUUCCUCACGCUGAGGACAAGAUUCCUCAUCCUGGGGACAACGUUCCCCGCGCUGGGAACAAGUUUUCUCACUCUGAGGACAAGGUUCCUCACGCUGACGACAAGGUUCUCUACGCUGCGAACAAGUUUCCUCACGCUGACGACAAGGUUCGUCACGCUCACGACAAGAUUCCUCGCGCUGAGAACAAGGUUCCACACGCUGAAGACAAGGUUCCUCACGGCGAGGAUAAUGCUCCUCAGGCUGAGGACAAGGUUCCUCACGCUGAGAACAAGCUUCCUCAGGCUGAGGACAGGGUUCCUCACGCUGAAGACAAGGUUCCUCACGUUGAGAACAAGGUUAUCUACGCUGAGGACAAGGUUGCUGACGCUGAGGACAAGGUUCCUCACGCUGAGGACAAGGUUCCUCACGCUGAGGACAAGGUUCCUCACGCUGAGAACAAGGUUCCUCACGCUGAGGACAAGAUUCCUCGCGCUGAGGAGAAGAUUCCUCACGCUGAGGACAAGGUUCCUCACGCUGAGGACAAGCUUUUCUACGCUGCGGACAAGGUUCCUCACCCUGAGAAGAAGGUUCCUGACGCUGAGGACAAGGUACUUCACGCUGUGGAUAAUGUUUCUCACGCUGAAGAUAAGAUUACUCGCGCUGAGCACAAGGUUUCUCACGCCGAGGACAAGGUUCCUCACGCUCAAGACAAGGUUCCCUACGCUGAGAACAAGGUUUUUCACGCUGAGAACAAGGUUCCUCACGCGGAGAACAGGGUUCAUCGCGCUGAGGACAAGGUUCCUCACGCUGACGGCAAGGUUCCGCGCGCUGGGAGGUUCCUCAGGCUAAGGACAAGAUUCCUCGCUCUGAGGACAAGGUUGCUCACGUUGAGGAUAAGGUUCUCUACGCUGAGGACAAGGUUUCUCACCCUGAGAACAAGGUUCCUGAUGCAGUGGACAAGUUUCCUCACGCUGAGGAAAAGGUUCCUCACGCUGAGGUUAGGUUCCUCGCUCUGAGCAGAAGGUUUCUCAGGCUGUGGACAAGGUUCCUCACGCUGAGGACAAGGUUCCUCACGCUGAGGACAAGCUUUUCUACGCUGCAGACAAGGUUCCUCACGCUCAGGAGAAGGUUCCUGACGCUGAGAACAAGGUACCUCACGCUGUGGAUAAUGUUUCUCACGCUGAAGAUAAGAUUACUCGCGCUGAGCACAAGGUUUCUCACGCUGAAGACAAGGUUCCUCACGCUCAAGACAAGGUUCCCUACGCUGAGAACAAGGUUUCUCACGCUGAGAACAAGGUUCCUCACGCGGAGAACAGGGUUCAUCGCGCUGAGGACAAGGUUCCUGUUACGGACGCUACUAUAAUUAAUCUAAUUAUUUCGCGCCGUUUGUUGACAUUAGCAUAA